CACCCCCACCCGACCAGUUGUUUUAGUUAAGUAUGAACAGCAAUAUAUACUCAUUCGUAGAUCGCGCGGAGAAAUUGUACAUUCCGGACGUACCUGCCGGUUCUUUGUAUCGUUAUCAGACCAGUGCCAACGAAACAAGAGAUGUUACUCGACCGUACGAUGGUGGUUUUUACCCUUAUUUUAUUCGUCACCAUGGUCAACUGUGAUUUGGAUUUACAAUUAUUGCACGUGGUGUUUCGACACGGCGAGAAAGUACCUCAACGAGACCAUCAAAAUUAUCCUAAUGAUCCUUAUCGCGAUUAUUCGUACUAUCCAAUGGGCGAUGGAGAUUUAACGAACCAAGGCAAGCUACGAGAAUACAAGAUUGGGACAAUGCUUCGUGAACGUUACGAUCGAUAUUUCGGGCCAGAUUACUGGCCAGAGAAGAUCUAUGCCCGUUCGACUCUCAUCCCAAGAACUCAGUUGUCUCUGCAGCUAGUUCUGGCUGGAUUAUUCCCGCCCUCGGAGAAGCAAACCUGGAAUCCGCGUCUACCUUGGAUUCCAACAUUCUCGUUCUUCGAGCCCUAUGAAACUGACAAUCUCCUAUUUCCGCAUCACUGCCCCAGAUACAGGGAAGAAUACAGGAAAUUCCUGCGACAAAGCAAGGCGCAGGAUUUAAUGAAGAAAUAUAAAUCCGUGAUGAAUUAUUUGACCGAAAGGACUGGUAAAGCAAUCGACACAACAUCCGCCGUCACUUAUCUUUAUAAUUUAUUAAAGGAACAGGCAGCUCAAAACCUAACUCUCCCAGAAUGGACCCAAAUGGUUUAUCCUACUUCGAUGAAGGAAAUAAUCGCGUUGGAUUUUAAACUGCGAUCGUACACAAGAACACUGAAACGUUUAAAUGGAGGACUGUUAAUACGCAAAAUCGUGGAAGAUAUUAAGAUGUACAAAGCGGGAAAAUUAGAGCCUUAUGAUAGGAAAGCGUUCUUUUUCUCAGCGCAUGAGAUGAACGUAGCUGCAGUUGCAAGAGCUUUGGAAUUGGACGAACCCAUUGUUCCUGCAUACGGUGCUACUCUCAUUUUGGAAACGCUGCGCGAUAAGAAAGGGAAUUAUUACGUUCGGGUUUUAUUCUGGACUGGUGUUUCCGAACAACUUAUAAUCGAAACGAUCCCUGGUUGCACAGAACUAUGUCCCUUAGAAGACUUUUUUGCCAUCGUGAAGGAUAUAAUACCAAGCGAUGAUGAAUAUUAUUGUCAUCCUACUGAGAACAGCAGCAAUAAAGUAUAUUCUUCAGGAUCGAGUUUAGCCGUCGGAGAAACUUGGUAUUAUCUAUUAUCUAUUUUUAUCUUUACAAUUUCAAAGUUACACACUGGUAUUGUUAAUAUUUAUCGUUGAUAUUAGGAAAACAGAGCAAGGAUUGCAAUAAUAUUGUUAAUGUUUGGAAAAUGUUGAUAAGAUGUUUCGCGUGCUAGAUAGUUAGUAAAAAUGUUAAUGAAACAAAAAAUUAAAAUACGUGUGCCUAUAUAAAUUCAUUAAAUACUAGUAACGUAAGAUAUUGGCAAAGAAGUAAUAUAGAUACUUCAUAAAAUAUUAAAAUAAACAAUUGCAAUAUUUUUGUAAUCUCUAGUCAAGAUUAUUAGUAUAUUAGUUAUUUGUAUAUAAUAAUAGGAAAAUAUUAUACAUAAUUGUCCGUACCAUGUAUUAUUUGAACUUGAAACUGUUAUAUUUUAGAAAAAUACAAUUGCAUUCUAAAAUGGUAUAUCGACUAAAAAUACAGUUCAACGAUCACGGCAAUGCCAAUAUUCCCGUAAGUGAAUAAAGUAGAGUGUUUGGCAGACACGAAAUGAGAGCAGAUUCGAUUUGCAAGUUGACGGCUUGAUUCUCCUAUUUCCGUCCGGGUUAAAAGUUCAAGAACCUCCGUAGAAUAGAUCUAGCGAAAUAUUUAUUGGUUUGGAUUGACAGUUUGAGCAGCAAAAAUUGUAAAAGAUAUAAAUCUCUGUUAUUAGCGCGAAAUGCAUUUGAUGAAUAUUAAAAUUAUUGAAAAUUUUGCUUCUUUGAAAGAAGUAACUUAAAAUGAUCAAUUUUCCUUUUAUUGACGAUACAAUCUAGUAUAUUUUUGUAACAGAUUUACGGUCUUAUUUGUGUCAUAUAUUUUUAUCUUUUUCGAGACGAUGCAGAGGCAAUAAUACUGGGUUUAUUACUUUACCUAUGAAAUGAAAAUCGGUCAACGUAUACCUGAAUAAUUGCAACUACUUUGAAUAUAUUUAAAUGCAUAAUUCUUAAACAAAAAAAUCUUUGAUUCACAUCACGCACGUUAUACAUACGAUUCAACUUAAACUUGAGAAACUUGUGUGUUAAUUUAUGCUAUAAAACAAUUUGCACGUGUAUACUUAUGAUACAAGUUCACCAAUUAAAUUGUUCGAGCAUGCAUAGAGAAUGAUUUUUUAACGAGUAAUAGUUAAUCUUUUGCAAUAAGACUACAAUUAACCUUGAAUUUUCUCGAAGAGAAUCACAACAGAUAAAAAUGAGCGUAUUACAAUACAAGAACGAACAUUUAGAAAUAUUUCUAUUGGAACUCAUGGUUGUUGUAAACUAUUAACAAUAAAAGAAACUAGUCAUUGUAUAGUAUAUUCAACCUUCUAAAAAUUCAACGAUACAAUGGAAACAUUUGAGAUAUUGAUAGAGAUUAUUAAUGAAAAUGUUCGAAUUACACAUAAACAGAAGAGAAUUUACAAUUGCAAUAUAGUAAUACUUUCACAACGGCACACCAUUUUGCGAAAACGCUACAAUGACUAAGUAAGAAAUAUUUUGACAUUCAACGGCACGAAUUAGUUCGCAAAUGAAUUGGAAUACUCUACAAUUUUGUUAAA